GAGAGGCGAGGAGCCGCCGCCCGAGGCCGGUGCGGGCGAGCGAGGGCGCCGCGGCUCCCCAACUCGUUUCCCAGAGGUGAGUGCCCGAAGCCAGGAGCCCGGGCACCUAGGUCUGCGCGCUGCGGGGAACCCCUACCGCCAGCCUCCCCGCCACCCGCGCGCCCCCAAGCCCAGCGGGCGAGGCCCCGGGCGCCCCACAGCCGGCGCCGCGCCAUGCUCCACCUUAGCGAGUUUUCCGAACCCGACGCGCUCCUCGUCAAGUCCACUGAAGGCUGUUGCGCCGAACCCAGCGCUGAAUUGCCCCGGCUGCCCGCCAGGGACGCUCCCGCGGCCACCGGCUACCCUGGAGGCGACUUCUUGAGCUGGGCUUUGAACAGCUGCAGCGCAAGUGGGGACUUAGCCGACUCCUGCUUCCUGGAGGGGCCUGCGCCCACACCCCCUCCCGGCCUCAGCUACAGCGGUAGCUUCUUCAUUCAGGCAGUGCCCGAACACCCGCACGACCCGGAGGCACUCUUCAACCUCAUGUCGGGCAUCUUAGGCCUGGCACCGUUCCCCGGUCCAGAGGCAGCAGCGUCCAGAUCCCCGCUGGAUGCCUCUUUUCCCGCGGGGCCCGAUGCCUUGCUGCCGGCUCCGCCGGACCUUUACUCCCCGGAUCUGGGCGCUGUCCCCUUCCCAGAGGCGUUCUGGGAGGCCUCGCCCUGCGCGGGCGCCCCCUCACAGUGCCUGUAUGAGCCUCAGCUCUCCCCGCCCGACGUCAAGCCCGGCCUCCGGGCGCCUCCCGCCUCGCCAGCGCUGGACGCUGCCUCUGCCUUCAAGGGUCCCUACGCGCCCUGGGAGCUGCUUUCUGUGGGGGGCCCGGGGAACUGUGGGUCACAGGGAGGCUACCAGGCCGCCCCCGAGGCUCGUUUUCCCGCAAUAGGGACCAAGAUUGAGGACUUGCUGUCCAUCAGCUGCCCUGCGGAACUGUCGGCCGUCCCAGCCAACAGACUCUACCCUAGCGGGGCCUACGACGCUUUCCCGGGGGCCCCGGGUGACUUAGGGGAGGGGGCUGAGGGCCUCCCUGGGCUCCUGACCCCUCCUAGUGGGGAGGGAGGGAGUAGCGGCGACGGUGGAGAGUUUCUGGUCAGUACGCAGCCUCAGCUUUCCCCGCUGGGCCUUCGCAGCACCGCCGCGGCGGACUUCCCUAAACCUCUGGUGGCGGACAUCCCUGGAAGCAGCGGCGUGGCUGCACCACCCGUGCCGCCACCGCCGCCCACCCCUUUCCCCCAGGCCAAGGUGCGACGCAAGGGGCGCCGUGGCGGCAAAUGCAGCACGCGCUGCUUCUGCCCGCGGCCGCACGCCAAGGCCUUCGCUUGCCCGGUGGAGAGUUGUGUGCGGAGCUUUGCGCGCUCCGACGAGCUCAAUCGCCACCUGCGCAUCCACACGGGCCACAAACCCUUCCAGUGCCGCAUCUGCCUCCGCAACUUCAGCCGCAGCGACCACCUCACCACGCACGUGCGCACCCACACCGGCGAGAAGCCCUUUGCUUGCGACGUGUGCGGCCGCCGCUUCGCGCGCAGCGAUGAGAAGAAACGGCACAGCAAGGUGCACCUCAAGCAGAAGGCGCGCGCCGAGGAGCGGCUCAAGGGCCUCGGCUUUUACUCGCUGGGCCUCUCCUUCGCCUCCCUCUGAGCAAGAGAUGGGUUUAUGGGUUGGAGCGCCGCCAUUCGGCGCGCACGAGAUCCGGGCCGUUCCCCUCCCCGCUCUUCUUCCAACUCCUCCUCGCACGCCCGAGGGCCGGCCUCCGGUCCCGCUUCCAGUUUCCUUGAAGCGCCCGCCGCACACGCCCUAUUCAGCACCAGUUCCGCGGACAGUUCCCGCGGUCCAGGCGCUGUCCCUUGUCAGCCGCGCUUUGGGGGAAGUCUUCUGAGACCACCCAGUGAAUAGGCACUACCCUGGGAUUCAAGACAGUCUUUUGUAACUGGCGCACGCCCCACGCCUUCCUCUAUAACCCCCAGAGACAGGCUGGGGCAGCGCCAAGCCGGUCUCGCGCGGGACUUUGUACAGCAGUGUCUUAUCCAGCAGCCAUUGGAUGUAACGUUUUGCUUUGGGGUUUUUUUCCUUUUGUUGUUGUUAAUUUUUGUAAAGCAGACGCUACUCUCAAGCAGUUGACAAAACUGUUUAUUUUUGCAAUUAAAAUUAUUGUGCUAAAAGCUUACCGAAUCUGCCAUGUAAGCUCCUGACCCUUCCCCUCAGCUUCUCCCCCAGGACCAUAAGUGCCCGAGGAUAAAGGACAUCCCCACGCUCAUGGGGUACAGGCCCUGAACAUGUUACACACCCACUUCAGGUACACCUGCCAGGAACUGCGGCACAGAGUAGGCAUUCAAUAAAUGUGUGCUGGGUUAAUGAACGAAUUUAAUCACAGCUCACCUAAGGGCUGGAGGUGUUUCUGGAACUUCAAAGUGGUUAAAAGGUGUAGGUGUUCAACAUUAUAUAUAUAUUAUUCUCCUUAAUCCUCACAAUCCCAAAUAAAGCAGGCAUACACCUCACUUCAAAGAUGUGGAAGCAAUGUAGAUAGCUUGCUGGAACAAUGUAGUUAACCCAGGCUAGGAACAGACACGUCAAACACAUCUAUCUAACUUCAAAGCCAACCCUCAUUUUCCAACCCCAGAAUGGAGGCACCUAAGCUUAACAGCACUGAUUGGAAACGCUUCCUACCAGAAGG